AUGGAAAUUCCGGCCGAAUCGAUCGAGAAAAUCGUCGGCGAUAUGGACAAAAUGUUCACUUCCAGCCUGAGCGGGUAUAAAGAGAUCAAGGAGGAGUUUGCGAAAUCGCAAAUUGUUUUGCCGGAAAUUUGCGCGAAUAUGAAUUCGUUUAAAAAUGUGGCGCAGUGUGGGCAGUCGUUUGUUGAAGAUGUUUAUGCUUCUGGAAUAAAAACUUUGAUCAACGUCUUCGGCGAAAGCUAUUCCGUAGAAGAAAGCCUCAACAAUCUGAACGCGAAUUUCGACCAGCUAAUUGAAGAACUGGGCGGUGAAAACUUGGUGGACGAAAAAACGAAAAUGAAAAUCGAGAAGGCGAAAAUGGUGGUUUCCAGUUUGGUCGAUUUUAACAUUGAAGACAAAAACCUCUUCGCGGGAAUUCCCAGCUCGCUGAUUAAAAUUGACGACAUUAUUUGGGAAUCUGCUGAGGAAUCUGUUCAAAUUACCGAUGCUCUACUUGAAGAAUGGAGUGGGAGGUACUCAUCUGCGGCGAGAAAAUUGUUCGAUAUUUGUAGAGAGAAUGAUGAAGAAAUUCCAAAAUAUCUUCUCGCAAAAUGCGGCCGAAAGCUGAUGAAAGACCUCAAAAUCAAUCAAAAAACAAGUUUGAUAAUUGAUUUCCUCAAAUUUUCGUUCGACGAAUUUGAUGAUGACCGAAAUGGAAAACUUGAUUUUGAAAAGUUCGAAAAGAUCUUUGCCAAUUUCAUCGCGACGGCCGGAUCGACCAUGAUCAAGAUUUUCGAUAGAAAUGAAGACGGAAUAAUCGACAAAGCGGAAACAAACAAGAUUUUGAAAGAACUUGGCAAAUUAAGCGUCUUUCAAGGCGAUUAUUUGAGCGGAUCUUACAGUAAUUUCUACCUGCACCCCACUGCUGAUCUGAUAUCAAGUUUUCUGGUGUCGACAAAACAGACAAUUUCGAAGUCGGAGAUGACGAAUAUGACGGCGAAGGUGAUGACAAGACUAGCAAGCGAUUACUAUGACCUGCAAGUUUCUGACUGGGAAGCGAGAAAUAAAUGA